UUAAUUAAUUUUUAACAGCAAUGAGCUGCAGUGCAGUCUCUAAAAAGUUGAUAAAUUCUCCAGAUAGAGCGGUAGAUGAGUCUCUUCAUGGUCUAGUUAGUGUUCAUCCCGGCCUGAGGCUGUUGUCUGGUCAUAGAGUGGUACUCAGAGCUGAUAUUGAGGACCUCAUUAAGACUGGAAAGGUAACUUUACUGUCUGGGGGUGGCAGUGGUCAUGAACCUGCCCAAUCUGGUUUUGUAGGUAAAGGAAUGUUGAGUUGUGCUGUAGCAGGAGCUGUGUUUGCAUCACCUCCCACUGAUUCUAUACUAGCAGCAUUAAGGGCUAUUUCUUCACCAGCUGGUACUCUGAUGAUUGUGACUAACUACACUGGAGACAGAUUGAACUUUGGCAUUGCAGCCGAAAGAGCUAAGAGUGAGCUAGGACUAGAUGUUAGAAUGAUUAUUGUUGGUGAAGAUACUGCACUACCAUCAACUGGUAAAUCAGCUGGCAGGAGAGGACUAUGUGGCACUAUAUUAGUACACAAGAUAGCAGGAGCAAUGGCAGAGAAAGGUUGUUCACUGGAUGAAGUAGUAGCUACUGCUCAAGAAGUUGCAGACUCCAUUGGUACAAUGAGUGUGAGCCUGUCUCCUUGUUCUGUUCCUGGACACAAACCAUCAUUUCAAUUAGGAGAGACUGAGAUGGAGUUAGGCCUUGGGAUUCAUGGAGAAGCUGGAGUAGAGAGAACAAAUUUGCAAUCAGCUAAUGUGGUAGUUGCUAGAUUAUUGGAUCACCUUACCUCCAUUGAAUCAGGAUAUCAAUACUUCAAUCCACCUAAUGGUACUAAUGUUGGAUUGGUUAUUAAUAAUUUAGGAGGAACAUCAAAUUUAGAGUUAUCUCUCAUUGCUGGUUCUGCCAUUGACUAUUUAACUAGCAAGUUAUGCUAUAAUGUUACAAGAGCUUAUAUAGGAUCAUUAAUGACUUCACUGGAAAUGGCUGGAGUGUCACUAACAUUAUUAAGAAUUAAGGACCACUGGACAGAAUAUCUUGAUUAUCCCACUACUGCUCCUGGUUGGCCUACACAAUCCAAAGAUCCCAACCUAACUUAAUCUACUUAUAAAAUGAACAAAAUUAAUAUUUUUGUAUAUGAGAAUCAGAUGAUUGAUGGAAAUCAUUAUAAAGCAAGCAA